GUGUAGCCAACAACAGUGUUUGUGGUGACAGGCUGAAUGAUCCCGGCCCCUUGGUUAAAGAGAUCGAAUAUGAAGCCCACAUAGAGUUUUGGCUUGUGGAUUUUCGUGCUCCAACGGGGCGCAGCGAGCUCUGGGCACAGAAGCAAAGCAAGAAAAUCACACAUGUAUCACCUCGUAUGCAUUUCUGGUUGGUUGUAAAUGGUUGUGUGGACGCCGAAUUGCAGGGCGGGUUCGGACAUUUCGUUUAAGGCCUUAAGUGUGUGUGCAUGUGACUUGUAGGUGACACACGGACACUGCAAAUAUUAAUAAGGGGGUUGGACUACGUGGCUGUCGCCGUGCGGUGAUGACACCUCUCAGGGGCGAUCGCACUGUGUGCUCUGUCACAGGUUUCAGAAAGACAGUGAGGGUUAAAGCUCAACGUUCAGCCAUACGUUCGCUGAUUUACCGAUUUACUGAUUUAUUGACAGCAGGUGGAUGAAUGGGCUAAAGGGAUAGUUAGCGCAGAUAACAAGCAGUCAAAGAUCCGUGCUGUCCAACUCAGUCAACAUCUGGUGAGUGCAACCACUGUCUUAAGCCUCCGAAGUCAGACAUGGGUGACAACAGGGAUGGAUUCAGAGUCAGUUAAGAGAUGACAUCCCUUCAGUAGCUGUCUGUGCUGGACAGCUGAGCCUGGCAGCCCCUACAUGGCGUGCCCUGUCCAGUUCCUCUGUCGGGGGCUUCGCAACGUUGGAUUGGUUCUCCUCUACUAUAUCUUCUCUAUCGGCAUCACCUUCUACAACAAAUGGCUGAUGAGGGGUUUCCACUACCCCCUCUUCAUGACGUUGGUUCACCUCACCAUCAUCUUCUGCCUGUCGUCUCUGACGAGAAGGGCCAUGCAGUGCUGGACAGGGAAAUCCCGCGUUAUUCUGAGUUGGUCAGAUUACCUCAUAAAAGUGGCACCCACUGCCUUGGCCACAGCACUGGAUAUUGGACUUUCCAACUGGAGUUUACUCUUUAUCACCAUUAGCUUGUACACCAUGACCAAGUCCACGGCAGUACUCUUUAUUCUCUUUUUCUCCUUGUUGUUCAAACUAGAGGAGCCGAACCCAUUCCUGAUCGUGGUGGUCCUGCUGAUCUCCAUCGGUCUGUUUAUGUUUACAUACGAGUCAACCCAGUUCAACCUGGAGGGGUUCGUCAUGGUGCUGCUGGCGUCCUUCAUAGGGGGGAUCCGCUGGACCCUCACCCAGCUCCUGAUGCAAAAGGCAGAGCUGGGCCUUCAGAACCCGAUAGACGCCAUGUACCACCUACAACCUCUCAUGUUUGUUGGCCUCUUUCCCCUCUUCCUGUUUAACGAAGGGCUGAGCCUCAGUACCUCAGAAAAGCUGUUCCGGACGACAGAGCUUUCACCUCUCCUAUACUCACUCUUCACACUGAGUAUCGGCGGGUCGCUGGCCUUUGGUUUAGGCUUCUCGGAGUUCCUGCUCGUCUCCCGAACUUCCAGCCUUACUCUAUCAAUAUCAGGGAUCUUUAAGGAGGUGUGUACUCUGCUUUUAGCAGCAGCUCUGAUGGGAGACAAAAUGAGCUCGCUGAAUUGGCUUGGAUUCACUGUGUGCCUCUGUGGCAUUUCAUUACAUGUGGGACUCAAGACAUACUAUUCAAAAAAUAAGGUCCCAACGUUAAGGCAGCUGAACAGUCGAAGCCCAGAGCUUGAGUUGCCGUUGCUGCAGCAGAACAGAGACAAUGCAGAGGAUUCAGCUGCUGAUGGAUACAGCGACGAAGAUGAGGAGCAAGAAAUCACUCUGCACUGACAUAGGAUACGAGCCAAUGAAGUCUUGACAUAGGAUACUAGCCAAUGAAGUCUUGACUGCCAUCAUACCACACAUGGCUCUACAGCUCUCUCAUAACACACCAAAUAAGUGCUUCAGCACUUCCAAAAAACUGCUCUGGAGACACAGAUGGAACAGUCUCUUCAGCUCUUUACUCCUACUGAUCGUGUCUUCGGGCGGGAAUUAGCUGUACAUUAACUGUGGACUUUGAACGUGAGACAAGUUAUGAUGUUUUGCCUUAGGGGGGGCUUCUGAAAUGUAGCUAAUACAUGCAAGUGUCAAAGUAAGAUGUAUGGGGGAGGAGAGCCUUAAAUUUUAGGUGAUAAUUUGACACUUUGAAUUGUAGUGGGUCCUUUUCCUUUGCUAUAGACUUGUCACACUGUGGGAAUAUCUUCUGACUUUGUUAUAUAUACCUAAAUACAUGUGUUCUGCACAUGUCCCUGCACAGAACAUUGGUAUCACCGUGAUUAGGAAGUAGGAGGAGUAAAUCUGAAUCUGCAGGUUGUUUUCUUGACUAAUCAAAUAAUUUUUAGAAAAAAAUCAGAACUUGAUCUAAAGCCUUAAGGUUCAUCUUGAAACUCAACUCCUGUCACCACAUUUGAGAAACUUUUAACAUAGCAGGGAAUGUUUGGCAUAUUUGAUUGAAAAAGCAGCUCAAAUGUUUAAUUGAUUAUCUAAAAUUUAGAUUUGCUAUCCAAUUGUUGACUAAUUUGAUUUAUCAAGCCCACUCAAUGUUUACAUACAUUUUCAGAUAUGGCCGAUGUCAAGCUGUGAGUGAGAUCCCUAAAAGGACACAAAGUCUUAAGAGUAAAAUAGACACAUACUGCACCAUAACAAAGGUUGGCUACAUGUCAGGUCUGAUGGAAUGAAGUCCCUUUCAACAAGAAGCUAUAGUGUGUGUCCAAACACUGGUACAUAUCACAAUGUAGUUACUUUUAAUCAGAAUCUAACAGAGCUCACAAAAUGUGCUAUGGGACGAAAUGGAUCUGAGGUAGUUGUACCAUUAUGUGCCUUUUUAUUGUCUUCAAAGAGCUAUUUUUUAAAAUCUUUCAUGAUUAAUUCUCAGUCAGUUUUAAGCCAUAUCAAUGUUUUUGUUUUUUUCAUGAUUUUCUGUAAAAAUGCAGCAUUGUUGCAAUGAUGUGGAAAAAGAAGUCUAAAUUAUAUUUUUAAUUCCAGAAUAAAUGUGUAAGGGAAACACACUUUAAAAUGUCAUUUUCUCAUCUUCCUUAUAAACUUAUUUUUAUUGAAUUCCUGUCAAUUCACUUGAUCAAAUGUGUCCAUGAUGCCAAGCUAAUGAUGGUCACCUGUUAGACAGAGUGGUCGCUCUCCAACAAGAAGGUUGCCGGUUCAAGCCCCACUCUUACCCAUCUUCAUGCCGAAGUGUCCUUGAAAAGAUACCGAACCCCUAAAUGCCCCUCAUAAAAAAUGUUGAGUGUACUUAAUGUAAGUAGCUUUGGACAAAAGUCUUCAAGCCAAAUUACAUGUAAUGUAAUAUAUUUGCUAAGAUGCAUCGAAAAAAGGCUUUAUAAUACAGGAAUGUCCAACUGCUGAAAGUAUGUUGAACAUGAUGCAGGGUACUUUAGCAUAAGCUACUCUUCAAUGCAGUGUGGCACUGCUGAGGCAUUAGUGACAGCCAGGUUGCUUUGCCAGCGGCAUUCAGCGGCAUUCAGCUUACCCGUAUUGUUUUGUUUCUCUUCUUCCUCUUGACAAUACUAAAUAGAUUCUAUGGGGUUCAGUUCAGGCGAGUUGACUGCCCAUCAAUCACAAUCUAGAUUAUAUUCAAGUUUGACUUUUUCCAUUAAAUUAGGAAAAAAUAACUGUUCCAUGCUAUUCAAAUAUUUCAAUAUGCACCUAUAGAUGGAGAAGCUAUAGAAGCAUGUUGCUUCCAUGUGCAGAGCCCCCCAAAUCAUAAAUAUUGCUUUGUUAUUGUAAAGUUUGUAAAUGCAAGUUGUUGUCUGAACUAAUGUAUAAACUCCGCUGUGGAGAUCACAUGUUUUGUUACCAGGACAAUAACACCAGUGUUGGCCCGAAACCACUGAAAACUCUCUUGACAUCUUCAUAGUUGUCUUCUUCAUGUAUGGCAUCGCUUUCAUCCGGAGAUAUUAAAUUAUGUUUGCUUUGUG